AUGGAGUCCAAUGCCAACAGCAAGCCCACAACAAACCGAUUUACUAAUACCGAAGCGGCCCUCUUAGCCGAACAGAACUUUUCCGCCAAAAAUUACCAAUCACUCCCUAUAGUCUUCGCCCGCGCGCAGGGUGCUUCUGUUUGGGAUCCCGAGGGGAAUCAUUUCCUAGACUUCCACUCUGCCUCAACUGCCCUGAAUCAUGGUCAUUGCCACCCGAAACUCGUCGCCGCGCUUGUUGAUCAGGCAUCACGAUUGACAUUGACCUCUCGUGCCUUCCACAACGAUGUAUAUCCCCGAUUCGCGGAAUUUGUUACCAAGCUCUUUGGCUACGAUAGAGUCCUACCGUCGAGCACAGGAGCGGAGGCUUCGGAAACUGCAAUCAAGAUCGCACGGAAGUGGGCUUAUAAGGUCAAAGGUGUCCCACAAGACAAAGCUAUUGUUCUUGGUGCUGCAGGUAAUCACCAUGGACGAACAUUGGCCUCGAUCUCCUUGGCCUCUGAUGAGAUGUCACGUCGAAACUAUGGCCCAUUGGUUCCCAAUAUCAGCUGUUCAAUUCCCGGGACUGACAAGUUGAUUACCUUCAACGAUAAAGGUCUUCUGAGAGAAGCCUUCGAGAUGGCGGGUUUCAACCUGGCUGCCUUCGUCAUCGAGCCAAUUCAAGGGGAUGCAGGCGUUAUUGUAGCUGAUGAUGACUAUCUCCAAGCGAUAAGAGCGCUCUGCGACGAACAUAAUGUUCUAUUUGUCUGUGAUGAGAUUCAGACUGGCAUCGCACGAACUGGAAAACUACUUGGUCACUACUGGAGUGGAAUCAGGCCUGAUAUGGUGCUGCUGGGAAAGACCAUUACAGGUGGCAUGUAUCCUGUCUCUUGUGUUCUAGGAGAUGAUGACGUGAUGCUUACCGUCGAACCUGGAACCCAUGGUUCAACCUAUGGCGGCAAUCCACUCGGCGCUGCGGUUGCCAUGCGCGCUCUCCAAGUUAUUGAGGAGGACGAUCUCAUUGAACGCGCAAACGAUCUUGGACACGUCCUUCGGAACGGACUGGCCAGUGUCCAGGCUCGGACCCCGGGUCCAGUUAUCGAAGUGAUUCGUGGCAGGGGGUUGCUUUACGCGAUUGUUAUUGACCAGUCCAAAACAAAUGGACAUACGGGCAUAGAACUGUGUGAGCUAAUGAAGAGGAAGGGACUUUUGCUCAAAUCUAGCCGGACAGGCGUCAUUCGCAUCGCGCCUCCCCUUGUCGUGUCUGAUUUCCAACUCGGAGAGGGGCUCAGGAUCAUUGAGGAAUCCAUCUGGGAACUUCUAGCUCUCCCUGCGGCUAUCUAG